AUGCCGAAGAACAAGGGAAAGGGAGGAAAGAAUCGAAAGAGAGGAAAGAACGAAGCCGACGACGAGAAACGCGAGCUUGUUUUCAAGGAAGACGGCCAAGAGUACGCUCAAGUCCUCCGCAUGUUGGGUAACGGAAGAUGCGAAGCCAUGUGCAUCGACGGCACAAAGCGUCUCUGUCACAUCCGCGGCAAGAUGCACAAGAAGGUCUGGAUUGCCGCCGGCGAUAUCAUCCUCGUCGGACUCCGUGAUUACCAGGAUGAUAAGGCGGAUGUGAUUCUGAAAUACAUGCCGGAUGAGGCUAGGCUCUUGAAAGCGUACGGUGAGCUUCCUGAUAAUACUAGAUUGAAUGAAGGGAUUGGGGCUGGCCUUGAUGAGGAGGAUGACGGGGAUGCUAAUGAUUAUAUUGAGUUUGAGGAUGAGGAUAUUGAUAAGAUUUGA